UCCUGGAUAGAGUUACGUGUCUCGGCAGUUGGAAAGAGUCAGAGACUAGACGUGAACCCCGAGAUGCAGCGCGAGACUCAAUCUAUAAAGACUAGAAUGCCUCAGCUUGGAAGCCUUUUGACACUGUUUCAUCUCGGCUCCAAAGAGUCAGAGGAUGCUCAAAGCCAAAGCCCACGUCAGACACCAACACUACAUGACUUCAUACAUCAUGUCAGGAAACUUACAGGGAUGAGAGAGGACAACGUCUACAGCCACCUACGUAUCCAUGACCAGCUUAAGACCGCCAAAGAUGACAUCAACAUUGUUAUCCUCACAGGCCAGGGGAUCUUCUGCAUCGAUGUGAAACCCUGGAGAGGCACAGUGUCUGCUCACAAACAGAACUGGCACCUGCAAGUGAAGGAAGAGGACCACAACUUGACCAAUACUUGCAUUGAGCAGAUUGAAGAUCCCCUUAAAGCUAUCAUGACCAAGACCGCUAACUUGUGUGGCCAUUUGAAGAGGAGCGGAGUGUCUGUGCGCCAAAGCCUCUUCUUCCCCAGGGUUAUCUUCCUCUCUCCAGACUGCGAGUUCGAUGAGGAGCUGAGGAAGAGGAGGGAGCUGAUUUCUCAUUGCCAGACAGACGAUUUCCUCAAAUCCUUAAGGGAGGGCUACAUGGCCUGGAUGUCAGAUGCACUGACUCCAUCCUGGCUCUCUGGUCGUCUGUCGUACAGGCAGAUGGAGUCCGUGCGGGAAGUCCUGAGGCGGGUGGGGACGUGGGAUCUGGUGAGUCUGCACUGUGGCGAGCAGCUGAAAGGAGACUUCCAGGGCUGCCAGCACAUCGCUCUCAACCGACAGGAGACGGAAACACUCGAGUUUUCCAGAGUCAAGACCCUGUCAGCUGAUUCGCUGUGGGCCCUGCUGGGACACGCUCCUCAGGUAACGGUUAAAAUGUACAAGCGCGGCUCUCAGGGCUGGCUGGGUAAGUCCCUGAACGCCUCCACCACCAUCCCCUCCAGCACCGCGGUGAUCUUCAGGAUCAGCGGGGAGGAAGCAGAUGCCAAAAUCCCAGCAAACACCAUUCACAGCAUCUCACUCAGCAACUGACGCUGGGCAUCAGUCGAAUAAAGAGGGAAGCCAUCACAACGUGGCUCUGCGGGGACAGGAAGCAUUCUUAAAUACUAUUACUCUUUUAGCUUAAAUCUUCUGACGUUUUUACUGGGUGCCUUUUACUAUGCAGUGUUCGCAAUGUGUCAUAUUUUACUAAAAACACAAGUUCUGAAUGUCUUUAAGUUAUCAUUUAUUGAAAAAAUUAACAAAGGAAAAGAAAAAAUCCAAUUUGACGCAUUCUCAGAUCCUCAGUGGGAAUAUUAUGUAAAUGAAAAUGGUUUCAGACAAUUAAACUGAUUAACUUUCUCUUGUUUUGAAUUUCUAGGGCGGACCCACACUUUACACUAGCCAUUAAUGAAUCAUUACGCUGGCUGAUUGUGUCACAUCAGCUCCGGAUUGAAGUGUGUAACGUGUUAAUUGUGGCGGUUAAAAGCUGGUGGCCUCUAGUCGUACGAUUACAGCCUCUGUGGCUUUAACAGCCAGUGAUUUACGGUCUGUUUAGAAAGUGUAACUGUGAGGUGCUUUAUUAAUAUGCUCCACCGCGCUGAGGAGAUGAUAACAUAUUCAAGAGCGCACAGGCGCAGCCUCACGCGGCAUUCAUAACCGUCAGAGUCACUUUCCAUCAGUUACCGGGCUCACACAGCUGCGCUAACAGCUAGCAAUUGUAUUUUCUUUGCCUGGCAGCGGCCAAAAUGAAGUUAUUUACAUCGAGACAUCAGUGCCUUAAGCUAAUGCAAUAGAAGGAGCUCUCUGUGUUGAUAGUAUCUCGUUGCAUGGCAUCUUUCUACCUGAAACAUCAUUACACUGUACUCAAGGGCCUCACUUUUUCUUUCUUUUUUUGCAAAUGUCUGUUUACUGUUAUACCUGAGGGACAGAUCGCACUAACAGGACUGUUCUCUUUGUCAGUGCACAUUUUUUAGACUCUGUGGUUGUGUUCAGAUAUUGGUCAACAAUAUGUUUGAAUGUGAAAGUGGUGCGAUGAGCUUACUGCCUUCGCAUAUUGAAAUGUAAGUUCGAAUAAUCGUCUUCGGGAACUGAUUUUUUCAGGUAACAUAUAAACCAUAUCAGGCAAUCUGGGAUUAGAAGGGUUUUUAGACAUUGCUAGAUAUAAUUCAGAGUGGUGGAUGCAUGCAGGUUAAUAUGAAUGUUUUUAUUUUUAUUUUUACUUUAACCCUCCUGUUACCUUAGGGUCAAUUUGACCCCAUUCAAUGUUUAACCCUCCUGUUACCUUUAGGGUCAAUUUGACCCCAGGCUGUUUUUCACUGUGUCAAACAUAUAAGAAAUAUCAACUUUUUUAUAUAUUUAAAGGGCUAUUUAGGUAGUCAACAAACAAACAUAAAGUACCUCACACUUAAACUUGGAAAACAAUAUUAAUUCUAAUAAUUUUCUGGAGGUUUUAAUUGCUGAGGUCAAAUUGACCCCAAGGGUAAAAUAUGUCAGUAAAUAUAAAGGUAACAGGAGGGUUAAACAUUGAAUGGGGUCAAAUUGACCCGAAGGUAACAGGAGGGUUAAGGACUUUCAGAAUGAAGCCAACCUGAUUGUGAACCAUAGUCUUGAGUUGAUUGAUUAAAGCAAAGUUGUCACGGUAUCCUCAAGUGUUUUUUUUUAUGUUUACAUGUAUUUGUACUAUCUGGUGUCAUAAUAAACCAUCUUUGAUGAUUUAA